AUGCUUGAUGGUGAUGCUUCGGCCAAGAAUAUUCCUCUAUCAAUCGAGCCAAAGACGUUGCCAUGUCUGACCCGGAUGGCUGGGCUUGAUGAGGCCAUGAUGAAUGACUUCUUGCGUUAUAGGCUCCCUCACUUGAAGAUUCAGGUGCAGUACAAUGAGGAGACGGAUAAACCAGAGUUCAUAAGCAUCUUCCUUCGCUGCCCAAGGAACAGCAGAUGCGUGAUGGGCAUUAUCAAACUUGAACUGGCGACUAGAAACUGUCUUGCCAUCCUCAGUACAGUCCUCGCACAAGACAUGCAGGACAUCUGGACACAAUGCAUAGCCAACACCGGAUUACUGAAAACCCACCCGCUACAUCUUAUCGCAUUUAUCUACGAACAGCGCUUCCAAUCGUGGGCCGACUGGACCGGCGGUCUAUGGAAUCAAGUCGCCGAGAUUGAAACGGCAACCAACAUGGUCCCCCCGAUGUGGAAAAUGGAAGUUGCAGCCCCUCGGCUGCAGUCGUUGUCUGUCUCCGGUUCCCUGCUCAAAGAGCUCCACGCGACAAACGUACAGCUGAGUCACUGUGACUUCGUCGUAGCCUCUGGUAUGCGGUUCGGGCAGUCGUGCUUGGAUCUUGUUAGCCAGGUUGAGCGAAUCAGAGAGGAGAAGCUGGGCUUUGAUCCGAUGCCAGUGCGACAUCGUGCUGCACUGGAUACGCGAAUGCGGUAUACAUUGGACCAGUGCGGGGCGCUUGCGGGUAAACUCUCCGAGGUGCGGAAUCGGCUGGGGGGGCAGAUGGAGGUGUCGUACAGCCUAGUCGCUCAAAAGAACAGCAUGGUGAAUCUUGCCGUCGCAGAGCAGCAAGCUAGAGAUAGUCGCACCGUCAAGGCAAUUGCCGUCUUGACACUGUCGUGUCUUCCAUCGACACUGGUUGCGACACUCUGGACUGCAGGACUAUUCCAUCUGGAAGGCGAUAGAAAUUGGCAGAUCUAUCUCGUGGUCUCACUUGUCUUGACGCUUGCCGUUCUUGUCCUGUGGAGGAUCUACGUAUUUGUUUCUGAAAGGCCGGGGAAGCAGGAGAAUAGGAGCCAGAGAGAGUACGACCUAGUAUGCUAG